ACAUGUGCACUCAAGAGGAACUAACCGACACCGCCGGUUUGUGUUUGUGCGCGUCUUUCACUGUAGGUAGCAGCGUGUGUCUCCGGCCCACUGACCGACGGGCAGCCCGGUGUCACAAAACAAACCCUCCCCAACUCUCAGGCCAACACUUUGAGCUAACGAGAGUAACGCAGGAGCUAAACAGCUAACCCGAAAUGGCGACUGCAAUAUACUUGGAACAUUACCUUGACAGUAUUGAAAACCUACCAUGUGAGCUACAGAGGAACUUUACUUUGAUGCGGGACCUGGACAAUAGGACGGAAGAAAAGAAAGGAGAGAUCGACAAACUGGCUGAAGAGUACAUAGCGAAUGUGAAGAACCUGGCUUCAGAGCAGAGAGUGGAACAUCUGCAGAAGAUUCAAAAUGCCUACAGCAAGUGCAAAGAGUUCAGUGACGACAAAGUCCAGCUUGCAAUGCAGACGUAUGAAAUGGUGGACAAACAUAUCCGCAGACUGGACGCAGAUCUGGCCCGGUUUGAGAAUGAGCUAAAGGAGAAACUGGAAGUGAGUGGCUAUGAAAGUGGAGAAGGAAGAGCACUGAAAAAGGGUGAAAUGCGAGGGUUGAGAGAGAAGCGUGGAUCCAGGGGAAGAGGAAGGAAAGGCUCUGAUGAAGAUUCUCCCCGAAAGAAAAAGAUGAAAAACAGCCCAGACUUGAGCGACGCUCUCCUGCCUAUGCAGCCAUCAGACGUCCUGGACAUGCCAGUUGAUCCCAAUGAGCCUACAUACUGCCUGUGUCAUCAAGUGUCAUACGGAGAGAUGAUUGGAUGCGAUAAUCCAGAUUGUCCCAUUGAAUGGUUUCACUUUGCUUGCGUUGAUCUCGCCACAAAACCCAAAGGAAAAUGGUUUUGCCCAAGAUGCACCCAAGACAGGAAGAAGAAAUGAGCUUUCUUUUUUUCAGAAAAGCUUAAGCAGUGUAUGUAUUUUUUGUGUAGUUUACUAGUGUAAUAUAUAUAUAUAUUUCAGUCCUUACAACUCUCCAUAGAAAUGGUGGGUCAUACAGCUUUCUUUAUAGGCCUAAUCCGGAUUUAGAGUAUAGCUACUGUUGUGGCACCGUUAUUCCCUCUCUACUGGCUUUACGAUGUCCAGACAGCUGUCUUUGUCCAGUAGCUUUUGAAUAGAUAAUUUACCUAUAUGUUUGUGUACUCUGGGUGAAUUACUCUCGACAGUGGAGUUUCACAAAUUAUUACCAAUCAGACAGUCCAGAAAGUCAUAUGCUGUAUAUAUCGUCAUUACUAACAAACUCAGAAAUCCCGGAUUGUGGCAUUAGUAUACUUGAAAUGUCAGUUUUAUAAAGACUUAUUUUUAAACAAAUUAACAGCCUGCUGAGAAUUUACAAUUUAAACACCUGAGUCCUUACCUGAAAUGUUGAUGGUAAAAAGGAAUUAUGUGUCAGAUUUUCUGUUACUACCUCCUUAAGGAAUACAUCAGCGCUGCGUCAAUGACUGCAGUUGAUACCAGUGUAAACAAUUGUUUUGAUUAGCUUGAACCAAACUAGCAAAGCAAUGUUAAUCCAUCCUGUAAUGAGUUUCAACAAAAAACCUGCGACAUUUUUGAAUGUAUUGUGGUACUAAUGGUCAGUCAGUCAGUGUCUCUUGUCAACUGAACGAGGUAUUUAAGCACUUUGAAUGAAAUUUUCCCCAGAACAGGUUUGAUACUGCAGGCUUGGUUUUAUGAUAUGGUGUAUCUCAUUUAAAACUUUGCCACAGCACAUCACUUCAAACCAUAUAUGGAAAUAUAUAUAUUUUGUAUGAUAUGAAAUGAUAUUUUGUGGACACAUUUUUUUCCAAAGAUAUAUUUGUUGUAUUGCUUACUUACUGGUGAAAACUCAGAUUUUAUUUAAUAGAAUUUUAGCCUGUUCUUUCAUAUUCAACUGUGAAUAUCUCUCAUUUAGGUGUAAGCCACAAAUUAAAGAACCAAAGUCUUUGUAUUUUGUAAAAUUCAGUAUUUUAUAACAAAUAAAUAUUCACUAUUACUCGUG